UCUCCGUCGUUUCUUGGGCUCGGCAGCUGUAAUUGGCUGCGGUGAUGCUCGCACCUUAUUGGCUGUUUGCAGCUAGGUAACCGGAGAAAACAUUUGGGCACAAAUAUUUCGGAUUUGAUGUGCGGUACCGACCCGGGCUGAACUCUGUAUCAUGCACAGUAAAUCAAUGGGAAAUGAUAAAAAAAAGCAAUUUAAAUCCAAGCCAAACAGUGUGAAUGAAUUGGGAAACCAAAUAGAUUUUGAUGAGAAACACGAUGAAUAUUUAGUUUACUUACAACAAAAAAAUCGGGCAUUGAAUAGUUUCAGAACAAAGGAUCCUACACAAGUUAAGCUGGAACAUCUGGAGCAGGGAUUUUCUCUUUACAUAAAUGGAGCAAAUGCUGAUUUGAAGAAACAGUACAGCACCCAGGAUUUAGCCAGAGGAGGCUUAAAAACCCCCAAAGUCAAAGAUUAUGGAUUUGCUGUUCUUCCUGGGAGAAGGAAUCAUACUGCCCCUGGCCAAAUUCAAAGGAGAGUAUGGAUACAGAGCUCCAUCAACAUUAAAUCUGAAACUGGAUCACAGCUGCGUAUUGGGCCGAAUGUAAAGUACUCUGAGGAUUUUGAGACAGAUGAUGGUGAAGAUAAUGAUGAAAAGGAUGUGAAGUCUGGACGGCAUUGUGAAAGGGGAGAGACUUUUACAGAUUUAGGUGGAAAUGGCAAAGAAGGAAAAAAGAAGAGGCUGUUAUUGGAUGCUUGUGAUGUCAAGGCCUUACGAGAAAGUCUGGAGCAGAGUUUACAUCUACAACAUGGCAGCAGGGACAGUUCUGCUGAUGAGUCUGAUUCCAUUGAAGAAGAAAUUGAAGAUGAAACUCCAGAAGAGCCCAAAGCUUUAACCUCCACGAAGUCAAGACCUUUUGGUGCUGAACAUAAACACCUGCUUCCAGGGGACGUAGUUGUACUAGAAUUUAAUGGAACUGCUGUUGAAAAAAAGGAUGGGAGCGUUUUGUCUGCUAAACGGAGAGACAAUGCUGACCUUUAUAUUCCUAUGAAGCCUGUGAUGGUGAAAAGUAAACCGCAGAAAAGCUCACCAAGAGAAGUAGAACAAUGCACACCACGACCUGCUAGUCGGAAAGAGAGACCCCUGUCUGCAACAAGAAAGCACAUUGCUGAAAGUAAAGACCCUGACCAUUCAGCAUAUCAGGUUAUAAAUGCUAUGCAACUGGAGAAUGAGGCUGUGGCAAGAGCAAGUAGCAGACUCGGGUCUUCAUCAUCUUCACAAGAGAAGAAAGAAGGAGUCGUCUCGGAAGCUAUUAAAAGUAUCAACCUUAUGGAGUUAAGCCAGCAGAAGAAAUUGUUGAAGGUUCUCCAGAAUAUUGAUAAGGAACCUGUCCCCAGGAGUGAUCCAAAGGUCUCUUCACCACCAGCAGAGAAAGAUGCUAUAUAUAUCACAGUUGAAAUCCUAUCUAACUGGGGAAAUCCUUAUAGCGUGGGGUUGACUGAGAUUCAGUUUUUCAAUCUGAAGAAUCAGGAAAUCUAUGUUUCCCCUCAUGAUGUGGAUAUAAGAAAUGCAGAUUCUCCUGGAGACCUUCAUUGUUUGGUUAAUGGAAAAUUUCAGACUAUAAAGGAAUGCAACAUGUGGAUGUGCCCGUUCCACCCUCCUGUACAGCUUUACUUUGUUAUAAGAAAUCCUUCUAGGUCAUGUGAUUUUGACAUAUGCAAGAUAAAGAUCUGGAAUUAUAACAAGACGCUCAGUGACCUGGACAUUGGUGCGAAGCAUGUGAAGAUCUAUAAAAAUGAAACUUUGGUAUUUGAUGGUAUUUUAGAGAAAGGUUGUGGUAACCAAGUGUUUGACUAUAGUAACACUAUUGACUUUCUAAACGGGCAGAUGAAGACAGCCACCCCACCUCCUCUCAGCCCUCAAAAAGAUGAAAAGGAUGAACCUGGUGGUAACAACAAUAUGAACAUGUAUGAUCAGAUAGUGUCACAUUCCAGGUUAUGUGGAUUACCUGAGGCUUCUAGCUCAGAAAGUUCUUCGAAACUGAAGGAAUUUCAUUUAGCUGAGGAUUUAAAAAGUAUGGGAUCAAACACAUCUAUAAUAUAUAGAGAACAUGGAAACACUUUAUGGAGAGAAUUGGACUCCUGCAGUGAUGAAAAUUGUUCUGCUAAUGAACUUCGUGAAUUGCCUGUUAACUCUACACAACGUGCAAGUUCAGAAAGCAACACAUCUAUUGAUCUCUCGCAUUCUCCACCAGAUUCUGAUGAACUAACGAUAAAAGAGCAGCUGGAAAAGCUUACCGGCAGAAAGCUUAGUAAUUCAUCUAGUAAAAUCCCACACUGGUUAGAAGCUUCAUCCAACCUUCAACAGAAGAAUUAUGACCAAAGUUCUAAAAAAACACUAUAUAUUUCAAAUAAUUCUAUCACUGCCAGUGACCGAUUCAUUGACGAAUUUCUCAAAAGUCCUAGUAUAGGCUCCAGACAUCUAGGCAGAUAUGACAAUAGGUCAGAUCCUUCAGCAGUAUUAACAAGGAACGUAGAUGAUGAUUUAGAAAGCUUUGGCACAAAGGUUAUUUCGGAUCAAAAACGGCCAAUAAGUGGAAGACGUGAGAUGGGAAAAUCAAAAGAGAGAGAAUUAGAAAGUGAAAAAUUACCAGAUCUGAGCCUUCCAUUGACAAGUAGUCAAGGGAGUGUUAAAACAAGGCCAAGGUGGAACAGUGAUCAAGAGAAUAACUUGAUGGAGUCUUGGACAUCUUUACUAAAAUUUAAUCAGUCGCACCGAGGUCGAAUCUCUAAUAUGAAUUUUGAAGGAGAUAUUUUUGAUGAAUUUUUACAUCAAAAAAUUGGAAAACAAAAUAUUACAGUUAAAAAGGAACAAGUACAUGAAAUGCCUAAAUUGGCUGAUCCCAACACAGUAGAAAACGAUGGAAAUGAUAGAAAUGACUUUGAGAUACCAGUUUUGCCAUAUGGUCAACAUUUGUGUAUCAAAAUUUCUUCUACCUGGGGUGACAGACACUACGUUGGGCUUAAUGGUAUAGAAAUCUUUUCAUCCACAGGCAACCCUGUGCAGAUCGCAAAGAUUGAUGCAGACCCCCCAAACAUAAAUAUCUUACCAACAUAUGGCAAAGACCCUAGAGUCGUAACAAAUCUUAUUGAUGGUGUCAACAAGACUCAGGAUGACAUGCAUGUUUGGCUUGCACCAUUUACUCCUGGAAAGAUACACUUUAUUUACUUAGACUUUGCUUCCCCCUCUAAAGUGGCAAUGAUCAGAAUUUGGAAUUAUAACAAAUCGAGAAUUUAUUCAUUCCGUGGUGUAAAGGACAUUGAAAUUCUUUUAGAUCAUGCCAUCAUUUUUAAAGGAGAAAUUGCCAAGGCGACUGGUACACUUACUGGAUCUGCAGAACAGUUUGGGGACACAAUAUUGUUCACAACUGACGAUGACAUACUGCAGGCGAUGUCUGUUUAUGAUGAAACAUUUGAUGAGGAUUUUGAGAGCACAGAUCUCCAGAUGGAUGAAGAAAUGGUCAAAAUGCGCCCAAGGACAGCAGACAGCGGCGAAGGAGAAAGACCUUAUACACAGGCCGGCUCCAGUGAAAAAUUGCAGGCUUCUGAGCAGAAAACCGAAACAUCUGUUCCUCUAAAUCUCUCUAGUACUAUACCAGGUGUUUACAUUGGAAAAUGUCUUCAAUUAAAUUUUACUAUGACAUGGGGAGACCAGCAUUACCUUGGCCUUACAGGACUAGAAGUUGUGGGAUCCAAUGGGGAAGCAUUACCUCUAAACAUGGACAUUAUGACCGCCUCCCCUCCAGAUCUCAGUGUGCUUCCUGAGUACCAUGAUGACAGCAGAACUUUAGACAAGCUCAUUGAUGGUGUGAACAUCUCCAUUGAGGAUUCUCACAUGUGGCUUAUCCCAUUUACCUGUGGAGAAAAUCACACAAUCACCAUCAAUUUUGAUAAAGCUGAAACUGUUGCAGGACUGAGGUUCUGGAAUUACAAUAAAUCUCCUGAAGACACAUACAGAGGGGCCAAAACUGUCCAUGUAACGCUUGAUGGAUGCCACAUCUCUCCACCUGAAGGAUUUCUGAUCCGGAAGGGCCCUGGCAACUGUCACUUUGAUUUUGCUCAAGAGAUUCUUUUUGUUGACUAUGUUACUGAACAUCUUACUGACAAACAAUCAAGCAAUUUAAAAUGUGCCGAACCUGCUACCAUGGAUUAUGAGGCCCCGUUAAUGCCCUGUGGUUUUAUCUUUCAGUUUCAGCUUCUCACCAGCUGGGGCGAUCCCUAUUACAUUGGUCUGAAUGGUCUUGAGAUGUACAACGAACAUGGAGAGAAAAUCCAGCUGACAGAGAACAAUAUUGCUGCUUUUCCAGAAAGUAUCAAUGUUUUAGAAAAUGUGUCUGGAGAUGUAAGAACACCGGACAAGCUCAUUGACAAUGUGAAUGACACCAGUGAUGGUAGACAUGCAUGGCUCUCCCCUGUUCUCCCUGGCUUGGUUAAUCGAAUCUAUGUUGUUUUUGAUCAACCAACCAAAGUGUCUAUGAUCAAACUAUGGAAUUAUGCAAAAACACCACUAAGAGGUGUAAAGGAGUUUGGUCUCCUUGUGGAUGACCUCCUUGUAUACAAUGGGAUUUUAAACCAAGUCAGCCACAUUUCUCAUGGGAUAUUGCCAACGUGUGAUCCUGUGGUACCAUAUCACACCAUCCUCUUCGCAAAUGACAGGAAAAUUUCAGAUGCAGAAAGAAGGACAGUUUUAAGCAACCACGUAGAAGAUCAAGAUGUCAGAAUGAUGAAUGAUAACAAAGUUGUUGUCAGCUGUAAGAAGAGCCACAAUGCAGAUCCAGCUUUACGUCCAAAGACCUGUAUAACUGACAAACAGAGCGGGAGACCAAGACGAUUCUGAAGACUAACCUUGCCAGGGAACAAUAGCCAUAGUUAUUUAUUUAACAGAGUUUGUAUAAAUAUUUAAUACAUUUUAUCCUCAAAUAUUUUUUUACAUGUAAACAAUAAAUAUCUCACAGAAGCUUUUGGAAUGGUCGUUUGGUUCAUUGCACAAGUUUAGGAGAAGGGUAUGAGAAGGAUGUGACAAACAUUUUCCUGUGUCUUUAUUCUUCUUCCUUAUGUUUUUCUAAUUCGCAUAAAAUCUUUAAGUGUGCCCUAGUUCCGUAAAUCAUCUUAAGUGUGAUGCUCCUUCCUAUAAUCUCCGUGCUUAUGUAGCAGAUGU